CUUAGUUUUUUAUUUUUUUGCUAUAAAAUAUGUUCACAGUGACGAUGCAAAGAAUGAAAAAGAUUAUACAUUAAAAUUAAAAGGAUGGGAAAAAAUGGCUGAAAACAAUCCAUAUAUCAAGUAUCAAUCAAUGAAAAUGAAAAAGGUCAACCGAACUCAUUAUGUAAUGGACGGAACAGUUGAAGUAUUACGCGAUGAUAUUUCUAAAGACGAUCUAUUGAUUACAAUCUUAGGUGCUCAAAAAAAGACUAAUGGAUAUCAGCAAUCAUCCCUUGUGCAAUUGGAGAAGAAAAAUUUUUGUGAAUAUAUUCGUACUGAAAAAAUGGUUAUGGAAGAUGUUAUUAAAUGUACUAACAUUACUGAUAUUUUUAAUAAAUGUCCUCCACCGAAGGGUGUCUAUUCUGUAACUAAUUAUAUGCCAGAUCCAGAAAAAAUGCCAAACUCUCUUCCAAUAAAUUAUUGGAAAUUUACAUUAAUCAAUCAAAUUGGCGAUACUGCGUUGUCUGGAAUACAUGUGUUUGUGGAUGUUGAGAAGAAGGCUCCAGGAACUUAAUUAUAUUAAUCUCAACAAUGAGCAAUACUUAU